AGUCGGCGCUGCCUCGGGAGCCCCGGGAGGCGAUGUUCUUGGGUGCAGUGGACGGAGCAGUCCGGCUCCCAGGGACGGCGGCUUAGGCAGCCCACUCCGGCCACCCCUAAUCCCAGCCCCCAAAUCCACCUUCUGGGGAUCCCCAAGCCGCCAUGCACCCGGCCUGCGCUGUAGGCCUGGUGUUCGCAGGCUGUUGCUGUAAUGUGAUCUUCCUGGAACUCUUGGCCCGGAGGCAUCCAGGAUGUGGGAACAUCGUGACAUUUGCACAGUUUUUAUUUAUAGCCAUGGAAGGCUUUAUCUUUGAAGCUAACUUGGGAAGGAAGAGGCCUGCUAUUCCAAUAAGGUAUUAUGCCAUCAUGGUCACCAUGUUCUUCACUGUCAGUGUAGUGAAUAAUUAUGCUCUAAAUCUCAACAUUGCCAUGCCCCUGCAUAUGAUAUUUAGAUCAGGUUCUCUAAUUGCCAAUAUGAUUCUAGGCAUCAUCAUUUUGAAGAAAAGAUACAGUGUCUCUAAAUAUACUUCCAUUGCUCUGGUGUCUAUGGGGAUUUUUAUUUGUACUUUAAUGUCUGCAAAACAAGUGGCUUCCCAGUCCAGUUUGAAUGAGAAUGAUGGAUUCCAGGCAUUUGCAUGGUGGUUACUAGGGAUUAGUGCACUAACCUUUGCCCUUCUGAUGUCAGCAAGGAUGGGCAUCUUCCAAGAGACACUCUAUAAGCAAUUUGGGAAACACUCCAAGGAGGCUUUGUUUUAUAAUCAUGCACUGCCACUCCCUGGCUUCAUCUUUCUGGCUUCUGAUAUUUAUGAUCAUGCACUUCUUUUCAAUAAAUCUGAAUUAUAUCAGGUUCCAGUUGUCGGAGUGACAGUACCCAUCAUGUGGUUCUACCUCCUCAUGAACAUCUUGACUCAGUAUGCCUGCAUCCGAGGGGUGUUCAUCCUCACCACAGAGUGCACCUCCCUCACCGUGACUCUCGUCGUGACGCUACGCAAGUUCGUCAGCCUCAUCUUCUCCAUCCUGUACUUCCAGAACCCGUUCACGCUAUGGCACUGGCUGGGCACUCUGUUUGUCUUUGUGGGGACCUUGAUGUACACCGAGGUAUGGAACAGCCUCGGGAUGCCAUGGAGGCAGCCCCAGAAAAAGGAGGCCAAGAAGGAGUGAGGGUUGCCCGGGACAGACCCUCCGGUGAGAGUCUGGCCGCCGCCACCCCACGUUCUUUAACGCUUACAUACCCCAGCAUAGACCCAAAUACAGAGCAGGGAAUGCUCGUGUCCAGAGAAGUUUAGUAUUCCUGAUGUUCUGGGCUCACUGAUACUUGCUGCUGCUGGACAAAGCAUCCAUCCUUCCCCCAAAUCUGAAGCAGAAAGGAGUAGUUGUGAUCUCUUGAGCAGUGUAUCCAUUUGUAUUUUUAUUAAAGUGUUCAAGAUACAUAUUUAUUCAAUUCCAAGGACAAGGACCUAAUUUUAUACCUGUGGUCUCAGGCAGGAUUCCCCUUUUGCACAGUAGCCAGAGCCCCAAGCCCCCCGCUCUAUCACCAGCAACAGCAGACCACUCAGACCCUCCUGAUACAAUCAUCCGGAACAGUCAAGUGGUUAAUUAACUGAGAACUAGCGAUCCGUGGCUGGAGUUCGUGUGGCGGCUGGGAGCCUCAGGGAAAGAGCCUCUUCUUGCCCACUACUAGUUUCAUUCAUUCCUACCAUCCCAUCCAUCCAGAUCGCAGCAGCCCUGAAACAGUCCAGGCGUCCGCCCCGCUGGGUGAGGCCCUGCUCUGGUUCUCCAAGAACCGUCUUUGUGGAAAGGCCACGGGCUAUUACCUUUGGCAAAGGGGAGAUUCUGUUCAGGGCGGCAGCGAGCGCUUGCUCUGGUUUGGCUGCUCCUGACUGCAACCUGUUAGGAGAGGAGGUCCGUCCCUUGGGACUCCAUUGUAUUCAGUCUAUUCUAAGGAGCUAGAUCAAUAUGGCAUUGGAAGGCCUUUUAAUUAGGGAGUAUCAACUCUGCUAAGGAAUUUUGGUGACGCACACGAAAACCAAAACCAGUCAGGCCACCAAUUAGAUUUUCACUUGACAUAAAGCUACAUCAGGUCAAAUCAUGAUUGUAUUAAAACCAAAAUCUUGUUGCAAAGUAUCAGUUAAACAUGGCAGAUACUAUUCUCUUUGCUUUAUGGUGUUUCUGUAUCUGUUGUCUCUUGUUAGACAAUUAAAAAUAGUAUUUGCCUCUAUUCUGAUCAUAAGUUGAGUUUUUCCUUAUUAAAAUCAUUAGAGUGUC